UAUAUUGUUCAAAGCAAUAAGUAGACAACUUAAGUGGAUGGGGACGGAUCAUGGCGGCAAUUUGGCAGGAGUUGUUGGGAUUUAAUUUGGGGAUAUUUGGAAUAUUUGAUCAUGGCAUACAUAGCAUGAGCAGGAGUUGCUAGACUAGGUUAAUGUCAGCGGUACCUUCUUUCUUAUUACAUAGCUUAAUAACAGCAUCGAGAGGAGCGUCGGAAACCAACGUGGUGGAAUUGGUGGUUGGUUAUAUUUGUCCGGUGAAUGAAAGCCAACUUGGCCUCUCCAGGUCGUCGUCAUCACUCAUCAUCACUCUUCACAUCCUCCAAUUCCAGUACAUGAGCUCUUGUCCAGCUACUAUUACACAAUACCUAAGCUAUUUUACAUCUUCUUCUUUUAUCCCGCGGCGUAGAUAUAAUAGCACUUGGUUAUCAGAUUUUGUUUGUCUUCGUUCCCACCUGUUAUUCCUUCCCCAACAUCUCCCCGCCUUUCAGACACAUUUCCCCCUCCGUCUGUCCCUUCUGUUCCUCCGGGUCCUUAUCGACGAACCAAGCCCACCCACCGUUCGCCGUUUCUUGGGAAUAAAAACUAGAAAGAAAUACCAUCCAGGGCCAUUCCAUCCCCCCCGCCUGUGCCCCCGCCCAAUCCGUCCGUCCCUCCACCAUACCGAAACUUUUUUGCUCGUGCUCAUAGAGUGUAUGUAUGAAACGGCAACAAAGGAAAAUAGGUAAGUAACUCUGUCUCUGAACGCCAUGCUCAAAAAAGCAGAAAGCAGAAAAUCUUCGCAAAGUGUAAAAAAACGCACACACAAAUGACCGAGAGAUUCUCUGGUCAGAAUUGCGAAGAAAAACGGAAACAAAUGCGAUGUCACCACCACUGAGAACUCCCCUAAGACGGGCAGCAGUGGUCAGUGACGAAGCAGAAGCAGAAACCACCGCAGAAUACCGAGCUAGGGCUCUUCAUGAAAGAAGGGUUCCCGACCCCUCCAUCAAUCAACCCUCUUUCUUUGUCACAUUCUGCUUCUCCUUGUCCUUCUCCUCACUCCCCCUCCUCCCCUCCCGACUCG